AGCGCAAACAUUUUUAAUGUACACUAAUGCAAAAGGUUCAGUUCUUCUUCUUGACUAACGAGAAAAUUCAGUUACAGAGAACAAAUCUUCGUAAUUACAGCUGCGUUUCGUAAAGCACGUAUGCGCACAGAUACGUAUAUAUGCGCGAUACAUACGCCAUCCUGCGCACAUAUGUGUUUUACAGAACGCAGCCUAUACUUGAGAUUUUUGAAUACAUCAUUUUUAUUGAUGCUCUACGUUCUACCGAGUAUAUGAAGGUUAACGGAAACUGAAUUUUUUCAAAAAUGGCCACUAAUGAUGACGAUAUAUAUACGGAUCAAACAUUGUCAGACAAACUAUUAGAAAAAGGUCGGAAAUCACCAUUUCUUGUAGCAAGCUUAAUAGGUUUGACGGGUAUCUGUGGCUAUGGUGCUUAUGCUUUCAAGAACAGGAAGAUAUCUACACAGAUGUAUCUGAUACAACUACGAGUUGCUGCACAAGGAACAGCAAUAGCUUGCUUGACAAUAGGAAUGGCUUACCAUAUGAUAAGAAAACACGUUUUGCAUGAUGAAAAUGAACCAUAAUGUUAGAGAUUGUUUAUAGUCAAAUUGUCUUCUAUAUAUGGAAUGACAA